AUGAUUGUGCUAUUAUUCUUUGCAUUGCUCUGGAUGGUGGAAGGAGUCUUUUCCCAGCUUCACUACACAGUGCAGGAGGAGCAGGAACAUGGCACUUUCGUGGGGAAUAUCGCUGAAGAUCUGGGCUUGGACAUUACAAAACUUUCAGCUCGCAGGUUUCAAACGGUGCCCAACUCGCGGACCCCUUACUUGGACCUCAACCUGGAGACCGGGGUGCUGUACGUGAACGAGAAGAUCGACCGCGAGCAAAUCUGCAAGCAGAGCCCCUCCUGCGUCCUGCACCUGGAGGUCUUCCUGGAGAACCCCCUGGAGCUGUUCCGGGUGGAGAUCGAAGUGCUGGACAUCAAUGACAACCCCCCCUCCUUCCCGGAGCCGGACCUGACCGUGGAGAUCUCUGAGAGCGCCACGCCGGGCACCCGCUUCCCGCUGGAGAGCGCCUUCGACCCAGACGUGGGCACCAACUCCUUGCGCGACUACGAGAUCACCCCCAACAGCUACUUCUCCCUGGACGUGCAGACCCAGGGGGAUGGCAACCGAUUCGCGGAGCUGGUGCUGGAGAAGCCGCUGGACCGAGAGCAGCAAGCGGUGCACCGCUACGUGCUGACCGCGGUGGACGGGGGAGGAGGGGGAGGAGGAGGGGAGGGAGGGGGAGGCGGCGGGGGAGGGGGCCUGCCCCCCCAACAGCAGCGCACCGGCACUGCCCUACUCACCAUCCGAGUGCUGGACUCCAACGACAACGUCCCCGCCUUCGACCAACCCGUCUACACUGUGUCUCUACCAGAGAACUCGCCGCCGGGCACGCUCGUGAUCCAGCUCAACGCCACAGACCCAGAUGAGGGCCAGAAUGGCGAAGUCGUGUAUUCCUUUAGCAGCCACAUUUCGCCCCGGGCGCGGGAGCUCUUUGGCCUGUCCCCGCGCACUGGCCGGCUGGAGGUGAGCGGAGAGCUAGACUAUGAAGAGAGCCCGGUGUACCAAGUGUACGUCCAAGCCAAGGACCUGGGCCCCAACGCGGUGCCCGCGCACUGCAAGGUGCUGGUGCGAGUGCUGGAUGCUAACGACAACGCGCCCGAGAUCAGCUUCAGCACCGUGAAGGAGGCGGUGAGCGAGGGCGCGGCGCCGGGGACCGUGGUGGCCCUGUUCAGCGUGACCGACCGCGACUCCGAGGAGAACGGGCAAGUGCAGUGCGAGCUGCUGGGCGACGUGCCGUUCCGCCUCAAGUCCUCCUUCAAGAACUACUACACUAUCGUGACCGAAGCCCCCCUGGACCGGGAGGCCGGGGACUCCUACACCCUGACCGUGGUGGCGCGGGACCGCGGCGAGCCGGCGCUCUCCACCAGUAAGUCGAUCCAGGUGCAGGUGUCAGAUGUGAACGACAACGCACCGCGGUUUAGCCAGCCGGUCUACGACGUGUAUGUGACCGAGAACAACGUGCCCGGCGCCUAUAUCUACGCGGUCAGCGCCACGGACCGCGACGAGGGCGCCAACGCCCAGCUAGCCUACUCUAUCCUCGAGUGCCAGAUCCAGGGCAUGAGCGUCUUCACCUACGUGUCCAUCAACUCGGAGAACGGCUACUUGUACGCCCUGCGCUCCUUCGACUACGAGCAGCUCAAGGACUUCAGCUUCCAGGUGGAAGCUCGCGACGCCGGCAGCCCCCAGGCUCUGGCCGGGAACGCCACCGUCAACAUCCUCAUCGUGGAUCAGAACGACAACGCCCCUGCCAUCGUGGCGCCCCUGCCUGGGCGCAACGGGACUCCCGCGCGGGAGGUGCUGCCCCGGUCGGCGGAGCCGGGUUACCUGCUGACCCGCGUGGCCGCCGUGGACGCAGACGACGGCGAGAACGCCCGGCUCACCUACAGCAUUGUGCGGGGCAACGAAAUGAACCUCUUCCGCAUGGACUGGCGCACCGGGGAGCUCCGCACCGCGCGCCGGGUGCCGGCCAAGCGCGACCCCCAGCGGCCUUACGAGCUGGUGAUCGAGGUGCGCGACCACGGGCAGCCGCCCCUGUCCUCCACGGCCACACUGGUGGUGCAGCUGGUGGACGGAGCUGUAGAGCCCCAGGGAGGGGGCGGGGGCGGGGGCGGGGGGUCGGGGGAGCAUCAGCGCCCCAGCCGCUCGGGCGGCGGGGAGACCUCGCUGGACCUCACGCUCAUCCUCAUCAUUGCGCUGGGCUCGGUGUCCUUCAUAUUCCUGCUAGCCAUGAUCGUGCUCGCCGUGCGUUGCCAAAAAGAGAAGAAACUGAACAUCUACACCUGUCUGGCCAGUGACUGCUGCCUCUGCUGCUGCUGCUGUGGCGGUGGGGGCUCGACCUGCUGCGGCCGCCAAGCCCGGGCGCGCAAGAAAAAACUCAGCAAGUCCGACAUCAUGCUGGUGCAAAGCUCCAACGUGCCCAGUAACCCGGCCCAAGUGCCGGUGGAGGAGUCCGGGGGCUUCGGCUCCCACCACCACAACCAGAAUUACUGCUACCAGGUCUGCCUGACCCCUGAGUCCGCCAAGACCGACCUGAUGUUCCUUAAGCCCUGCAGCCCUUCGAGGAGUACGGACGCUGAGCACAACCCCUGCGGGGCCAUCGUCACCGGCUACACAGACCAGCAGCCCGACAUCAUCUCCAACGGAAGCAUUUUGUCCAACGAGACUAAACACCAGCGAGCAGAGCUCAGCUAUCUAGUUGACAGACCUCGCCGAGUUAACAGUUCUGCAUUCCAGGAAGCCGACAUAGUAAGCUCUAAGGACAGUGGUCAUGGAGACAGUGAACAAGGAGAUAGUGAUCACGAUGCCACCAACCGCGGCCAGUCAGCUGGUAUGGAUCUCUUCUCCAACUGUACUGAGGAAUGUAAAGCUCUGGGUCACUCAGAUCGGUGCUGGAUGCCUUCUUUUGUCCCCGCGGAUGGACGCCAGGCUGCGGAUUAUCGCAGCAAUCUGCAUGUUCCUGGCAUGGACUCUGUUCCAGACACCGAGGUGUUUGAAACCCCAGAAGCCCAGCCUGGGGCAGAGAGGUCUUUCUCCACCUUUGGCAAAGAGAAGGCCCUUCACAGCACCCUGGAGAGGAAGGAGCUGGAUGGACUGCUGUCUAAUACACGAGCGCCUUACAAACCACCAUAUUUGACACGGAAAAGGAUAUGCUAGUCAAUUCUACAGGAUUUACCUGAAGCAGCAUGAUUUGCACAAAGUCGACCAACAAAAGCAUCAACUUUUCAACUUCAUUAUCUUGGCCAUCAGUUAGUUGUGUGUAACCGAGUACUAGAUUGCCGGCGGAGUCAUCGUGGCCAAUUAUAGGACCUAAUUGCUCUCAGCAGGCCUGAGAAAUGAGUUGAAAUGUGCAGAACUGUAGAAACUUUAGAGGCAACCGCUUUUGCCUCUCCGAUCAGUGUGUGCCUGUUUACAGCACUAUAUAUCUUUCUCUCUCCAAAUGUCACUGAGCCCUUUACAUGUUUAUAUUCACCACGAGAAGCCAGUCAUAAAGAUAAAGGAAAUUUGUGCAUUAUAAAUGCAAUAUCACUGUUUUAAACUUGACUGUUUUAUAUUCUUUUUGUGUGAUCAAGUGUUCCCCAAACUAUUCCAACUUUACAAGAGAGAUUGUGAUUAUGUUCUUUUCACCUGUGGGUUAUAAAAAAUGUUGUAUUCUGAAGACCCACAAAAUAUCAAAGACAUUCUGUAGUUUAUACACCGUGUUGCAAAGUGUUUACUGUACUAUU